AUGGCUGAAAAUGAGCGCCACCUUACUGCUAGCGUGGUGGAAGCUCAUACAUUGCAAAAUCCGGUUGCGAGUUCUAGCUGGUGCCUUCGUAGAUAUCUGUCCAGUCUGCAGUCGUGCCGUCCAGAAGAGAUGGAUACGCAAACGGUAGACGAGAUACGGAGCGUUUUGAUGACGGAAGUUGAGGACGACGACGAGCUCUUUUUCUCAGUGAGUCAGCAGGACCUCUUCUUCCGUCUUAGCGAAGAGCUUAGGAAGUGCUUCAUGACUCGAUAUAGAAAGCAGGAACGUGACGGUGAUAUCAGUGCUAAUAAGGACGGAAUAGUGUCCAUCCGAGUUUUUGCAGCAUCUGCUAACUCAUCUGAAAAGAAGAGUACCUCCAGCCUUGAAAGCCCCAGGCCUACUCCUGAAGGUGUCUCGUAUACAGAGACAGCUAAGGAUGACAGAGGCGAUAACUUGGAUCAGUUUCCAUCAUUACCUUCGUUGUCAUCACAGAUAGCUCUAGAGGCAAACGCUGAUAUGUACACACUUACAAAGGAAGAGAAAUACCUACUGUUGAGUCUUCUAACUGAUCAUCCAAAGCAGCCACCUCCUCCCUAUCCUGGACAUGCACCUGCUAAAGCAAAGCCCGCCAAGCCCAGACGGACUCUGGCAUCAUGCCUAUUUUCUAUUGACGGAGGCUCUGGUGGGGCUAAUCACACUCACACCACUGAAAGGCACCACAUGGUGACUCAAUCCAGAGAAUGUUGCAGGCCAUGUGACAAAGAUACUGGUAGAGUGGACUCACAUCAGUACUGCAACACUAGUCAACAGCAAAACACAAGCAGACUGAAGGCUUCGCUUCAAACUAAGCACUGUAGAGAAAACAGAGUUAAAUUUACUAAUUUGGACCAAAGAGAAAGCAGUAAGCCUGGUGACUGUUGUGUUGUGCAUGGUAAAGAUCAUCGACGAAUUGUGCAAUGGAAGGACCAUUUUGAAAUUGAGAAGAGACAGAAGAAAGAAGAAAAAAGGCAGCAUCGUGAUUACAAAAUGAAACGUGAUGAGUGCGGUCAUUGUAUGGUGUGUACUAAACCCGAUACAGCAAGGAAAGAAAGAAGAACACAGGAGGAAGUAAAGAAAUCAAGCAAUAGCAGAAAGCAUGUAUGUCAGAGAACUACCAUGAAAAACUAUGGCAUUAUCUAGGUAACAUGAAGACAAGGACUAAAAUUUGGCAGUUGUUGCAGUAUUCGUUUGCUAUUUGUAAAAUACAGUGCACACGUAGAAUUUGAUAUCAGAGAGUAUUGCAAAGUUGUAGAUAUUGCUAACCUUACUAAUAGAAUAGCAAUAUAGGAAAA